CAAGAGAUAGUUCGGUCGAAUAACAGAUACUGUUUUACAAGUCUCUUGUCUAAUAUGCCUGUCGGUGUCGAUGACCCACUCACAAAGGCUGACAGACAGUCUCGCCUUUGUUUAAUCUAUCGUUAUGUUGUAACAGAACAGAACCGGCAACAACAACACAGGGCGCUUCGUUGCUUAGCUGAUUAAUAAUACACUACUGUUUAAUUAUCCCAGCAUUGUAGUUGGCAGCAGGGGUAUUUAUGUAACUUUAAUUCUUCUCGUGAGAAAAUAAUCUUCAUACAUUAUUUCUACGUAUGUCGAUAAAUUUUACUUAUUAAUUAAUACUAUUUACGAAGUUCUCUGCUUUUGUUAUCACAUAUUUGUACAUCCAUGUAGUGUUUGAGCUCGCACAGGAGACAAAAGAGUCACCAGUGUACGGAUCUCGCCGAAGGAUUUAUAAGGGUUAUAUACACUCGUUCAUUUUCUGCGCGGUGGAGCUAUUUAGAAAUUAUUCAGUUAACACAAAAACAGCAAUAAUAUGGAUGACGACUUUGAAUACCAUCUGAAGCUGCCAUCGUCACCAUACAGUGAUGCGAGUAAACACAGCAAAGCGGAUCUAAAUACCACACCGACAGACUGCAUUAAGGAACCCGUCGUCAUCCUUCUUGGUUGGAUGGGUUGUAACUACAAGCAUCUCUCGAAAUACAGUGAAUUUUACGAGGCGAAAGGGUGUGUCACCAUUUCUUACAUUGCUGCCACCUCAACUAUUUUGUUCAGUCCGGCAAAAGCUAAAGAACAUGCCCAGAAAAUCCUUCAACUUCUUAUAGAUUUCAGUUAUGAAGAUAACCCUAUUUUUUUCCACAUCUUCAGUAACGGAGGUUCCAUCAUUUAUCAACAUGUUUGUUCACUCUUAGGCAAUGCUGCAGAGUUUAAACACCUUAAAGUUUGUGGAUCUGUUUUUGACAGUGCUCCAGGGAAACCUCGGCCAAUCAAUGCUAUAAAAUCCAUUCUGAUUGUUUUCCAACAUUGGAAUAUUAUCUUUCGGUUGUUUGCUGCUCUCUUUUUGUUCAUCUAUCUACAUUUCACUGUCAUUAAACACAAGAUUUAUACUUAUUUUAUGGGACCAGACCAUGGUGAUGUCUAUUCAUUCCUGAAAAAUGACUCCAAACAUUUGAUGCCUCAGCUCUAUCUAUAUUCCUCUGUUGAUAAAAUAAUACCAUCUGACGACAUUGAACAAUUGAUAAAGUUUCGUGAAGAGAGUCUUGGGGUUAAAAUCUUUAAACAUAAAUGGACAGAUUCUUCACAUGUCAAACACUUUGUCUCUCAUAGGGAAACCUAUAUUAACACUUGUUACAGCUUCUUGGAUACAUGUCUGAAAAAACUUAUUCAAUAGUCUGAAAGUUCAAAGUUUUAAGCCAAGAAUCUGUGUGCUAUGACAAUGAGAUGAGAUAUAUAUAUGUGUGUGUAUAUAUAUAUAUAUAUAUAUAUAUAUAUAUAUAAUGUAAUACUCUGCUUGUCACAACAUUCAUGUGUUCGAGUGUUAUGUAUGAAAUGGUCUUAACCAUGGAACAAAAUUGAAGACAUAGUUGAAAUUUUUAACAAAAUGAAACAAUCUUUUGAAGAGCAAUCAAUUUAAGCAUCAAAUAAAUAUUUUUUUAAAUGUAUAAAAUGUAAAAUUUCCACAGGUCCUGCUAAUUAUCAUAUGGCUGAUUAACUCAUUUGUCAGUGCUCACAAAGAUGUUGUGCAAGUUUUUUUUUUAAUCUCCCAAAGGCACACAACUAGCAAGAUCAUAUUUGUAUGAAGGCUUAUAUAGUGUAUUUUUUAAAUUUUAAUUUUAUAUGCUUAAGUUUUGUUAAAUAAUGGCUUUCAAAUUUUGGAAUUUAUUUAUUUCAACAGUUAAGCUUGGUGAAACCUAGGUUUGGAAUAUUGACUAGUUCAACUCAUUAGCAUUUAAACCAACCAUAUCUGGCCCAAAUAUUCUACCUGUCUUUUGUUCAAACCAGAUAGAUAUGACCUUGCACACCUAUCUUACAAUAUCAUUCUAAAAGUAACCAAUCAUUGAAAUCUUGAACUUACAAGAUAUGCAUGCUUAAUUCAGAACAAUAAAUAAACAUAUUUGACAGAGUAAUCUGAA